CUGAGUGAGAUGAAUAAGAUGGUUACUUUCAUCAAGCAGGAGGCUCUGGAGAAAGCGCGUGAGAUCAAAGUGAAAGCGGACGAGGAGUUUGCUAUCGAGAAGGCAAAACUCGUGAAGCAAGAACAACAGGCUAUUGACGCACAGUUCGAGAAGAAGCGCAAGGGUGCUGAGGUUGCACAGAAGAUGUAUAGUGCCCACUCGCCUGAUAUUGGGAUGUCACACUAAUCGCCUAGUGUUUUUCAGCGCACAGUCUAACUUGACCAACAAAUCGCGAUUGAAGCUUCUACAGCGUCGCGAGGAGCAACUACAGGAACUAUUCUCUAUCGCUCGGACAUCAAUUCUGACCUUCGCCGAAGACGAAGGGCGUUA